CACAAUAUAUAUAUAUAUAUCCUCGUACACUACCAUUCUCUGCAACUCUUCGUGUUCUUCUUAUUACAUCGACUUGCUUCUUCAUUUUUUAUUACAUAAAAAUGAGGAAGCAAACGAAAGCAACAAAUUCAGCGAGUAGCAUCGGAAAAGGCAAGGUGACGCCGGUGCAGAUUGCGUUUCUGGUGGAUCGAUAUCUCGCUGAUAACAGAUUCACCACCACUCGCUCGUCUUUUCGGAUCGAAGCUUCGCAUCUCUUCUCUAGAUCCCCCGUUCAAGAGGCGCCAAGGAGUUUAUUGAGUUUAGGGGAAUUAAUAGAUGAGUAUAUAGUUUUAAAAGGGCAGAAAGUGAUUUUGGAUCAAGAAAAUCUCCGGGUCCAAAACUUGAUGAAGGGUAUGCAAGAUGUGAUGAAUGCUUAUAACAAUUUUGGUGCAAAUGUGGCUGCUGGUCCUCAGCCUGUGAUUGCGAAUUCUGGUGCUUUGGUUCCUCGUGUUAAUUCGACUAUCGGGUCUACUGCAGGUUUUCCUGUUAACAACACUCAAGCUGUGAUGCCUGAGUCUAGGCCCUUUAACACUCCUGCAACCUCCAAAAAUCUGGCGACACCUAGCACCAAUGCUGCAACAUCAAAACGGAAAAUUGUUUCAGAUAACUCUGGCACAGCAAAAAGGUCUCGUAGUCAACCUCCCAGUAGGAUUUUGCAAACAAAAGAUACAAAUAGACAACAACAAAGUAACGUAUCUAACUGCAGUCUGCAGUCUCUUAAAGCAUCAGCUCAUGUUAAUAUGUCUGGUAGAUCAUCAGUUCAGGGAUCUGGUGUUGCCAAGUGCUUGUUCAAUCAGCCUAGUAAACAGCAUCCAUAUAAUUCAUCUAGUCCCAAUACACCUCCUCAGGCAAUGUCAAUUCCAACACAAAUUAUUGCUUCUCCACAAGAAAUUACAAAUGCUACUUGUAAUAAUGUGGCACCUCAACCUAUAACAACCACAAACUCCACCCUGAUUGCUUCAGAGACGAUCACAGUUAGUCCUUCCAAGCAGAUCACCUAUUCAGUAGAGAGGAACUGUCGUAUAUCCUCUUCUUCACCAAUUAAGACAGAUAUCAGAAGGGCCAACACAAGGGAUCAUGUAAAAGGAAGGCUUGAUUUUGAUGGAUCUGAAGCGGCUCCGAGCAUAGAUAAACCAAUAUCUUGGGAGGUGUCAGCAUCUGAAAUCAGAAAUGAAGUAGAUAAUCUUGAUUUUGAUUUUCCUGAUCUUGAUGCUUUGGGGCCGGACUUUAACUUUUCUGAACUGAUGAGUGAGCUUGGGUUAGAUGGUGAAGAUAUGAAUGGUUCAUUCCAGCCAGUCAUGAAUUCCUCUUCAGGUUCUCUUUCUGGGUCAGCAAACACUCCAGAAGAUGGUAGUGCUGGUGGUAACCAAGUUAUCUCAGAGUUUUCAUCUACUGUAACAGAGGUUCUUUCAGAGAAAAACAUGAAUGUACAAGGGCCUGAUUCAGUGACAUCUAUGAAGUCCAUAACAAAAAGUGUUAAGAUAUUAAGUCCAGUGAAAAAACAAAGAAUCCUUUCAAAAGAUCAGGAGAAUGUCUCUAUGAGAAACCGACAGCUUUAAACGACUUUGGCUAACAUGGCACCAGCACAGGAACUUACUAGCAAAAGAAUAUAGUUGUCAGCGUUUUAUAAAAAUUUCUUUUCUUGCUAUCUAGAUUAAUUACAUAUUGAUCACCUGCUAGUUGCUGACGUCUCUUGUUAGGCUUUGGCAUAAGGGUUCAGGUGGGCAUAAUACUCUAAACUGAUAUAGUUUACUGACUGGGGAAUAUAUAACUUUUUCCGAGGCAAAUGUUUUUGAUGCUUAUGAAGUCUUGAAUUGGUUUUUAAAUUGAAUGGAGAAUUCCAACAUUAGAUUGAUAUACUGUUUGUGAGAUGAUCUAUAUUGAUGCGUGUGUUCUGUUAGCUCAUAACUGUCUAAUAGAUGUUCUAUGAAGCCUUCCUGAACUAUAUACUACUACUCAUUUAGGACUGCAGUUCUUGAAAACUGAUCAGAGGAUCUCUUUUGUUGAUACAAGUGCAGUUCUUCCCUACCUGCCUUACCAAAUUUCAGUGAAGCUAGACGGUUCUCCAAUUUGUCUACUUCAUCCAGGCUUCUAGAAAGAG